UUCACUCGCUCGCUUUGAAGGGAGGAAAUCUGCACUUUUGCACCAGCAACAGCAUUGACUGGGGAUGAAGUGAUUCACUGUAUGGAGACAAAGACAGAGGCUGUGGAAGUUUUACACCUCUGCACCAUUUCCUUUCUCAUCACUUUUUCUGUUGUUGGCCUCUCAGUCUGAUUUGUCUCUGUCUUGUCUUCUUCCUCCACUUGUUGCUUAUUGUCUCAAUGAUGGACCUCUGGAUUGUUGCAACAUUUUCAGCUCUGUUACUUAUGACUUGUGAACCAGUGCAAACAUCAGAUAAGGCAAAUGAGACUCGUCCGACCUCCAUUACACCAAAACAAGUCAACACCAGCACCAUCAGCAGCUGCAACUGUGACCAGACCCCCAUGCCCAUCAUCACGCCCACCCACACCCUGGCAUUCCUCAUAAUCAAGUGGCAGGUGAACUGUACAGCAAACGUCACCAUCUCAGAACACCUCAAGUCCAAACCCGUCUGCUACAGCAGUUGGACACAAGUCCAGAGUCUUCUGACAAAUGUGUGUAAGAACAAGAAAGGCUGCAAAGGUGACCCGACGUCACACAAAGGAGGUGACAUACAAGGUUAUCAUAUCUCUGAGAGAGGAAUAGAGAAUACUACUUGCAAGAUGCUGAAGGUCAGAUGUACAGAGGAACACCACCCUGAUCAACAGGCAGAGCUGCAUGGCUACAAAGUGGUGACAGCUUUGUUCUGUUGUGCACUGGUGGUUCUUUUACUGAUCCGCUUCACCCGACCCACGGUCAAAGCCCUGCAGAAGAGACUAUCAGACAAAAGACAGAAUCGCUGGAUUGGACCAACACAGAGUCACAGUGUUUCUUACCACAGAGGACAAAAUACACUUCAUAAAAACAGUGAUGGCGAGCAUAGACUGUCCUACCCUGCUUUGGAGCGACUGGCGGUCAGUAACAGCAGAGAGCCAUCGUCCAACAGAAGCAGCUACAACUUCUGACAUGAUUCAGACUCAUUCAUCACCAUCGUCGUCAUCAUCAUCAUCAUCGUCGUCGUCGUCAUCGUCAUCAUUAUCAUCUUUAUCUUCACCUCUUCCAUUCUUCUUCUUCUGUACCUUCAAUAAUUUCAUUCAUUUACAAUAAAACCACAAACAAAUCACAAUAUAUGAGCGAUGUUUUUCUCCUUUUUAUCAGUUUCAUUUGUUUAACUGACUCUUGUCACUGUAACAAACUGCCGGGGGUUAAACUUCUCUCCUAGUUUUAAGUGAAAGUGAAGGUUCAAGAAAAAUAACGAUACAUGAAUAUCUUUUUUUUUUUUUUUUUUACUGGUAACAAACUAUUUUAUGAUAAUUACCAUUAACUGUAAAUCCCUACUUGUUUUUACCUCCUCUGUCUAAGGUUAAUAAUACCUGAUCUAACAGUCAGUUUUCUCCUGAUAUGUGCAUCUGAAAAAUGUCAUUUUAAUAAUGUUGGAAUGUUCAUAAUGUAUGUGUCUUGUGAGAAAUUGGUCCAAUAUUUACAUAAGUAUCAGAUGUAAUUUGUCGACACGAGACUGGACAGUAGUAGUGUGUUCUUACAUGAGAAAUAACUCCAUUUAAAGGAUUCAUCUUUGGCCAGUGCCCUGGAAUUCAUAUUUCAUAACAAUCUGAGCUGUUGUUUUUGUAUAAUGCCACUGAUGACAAUAAAAUAAAGUAAUUAAUCCAUU